AUGCCCGCGGUGGACGCCGGCAACGGGAUGGGAGGCAUGGGGCGGUUGGCGUGGAUGAACGUGUUCCGGUUCUGCAAGGCGCUGCGCGUGCUGGGCCACGUGAUGGUGCUGGCCGUGCUGGCGCUGGUGGGCCUGUCGUUCUACGCCGUGGCGGUGGAGACCCUGGGGCGGGGGAUAGCGCACGGCGCGCCGCACAUAAUGGUGCUGGACCUGGUGCUCCUGGUCGUCUUCAGCACGCUGGUCUUCAUGCUCGUGUGGUCGUACUUCGCAGCAGUGUUGACAGAACCUGGUUCCGUACCUGAAGAUUGGCACCCAUUUGCAGAUGACGAGACAGCGACAAGGGAGCUUCAGCGUUGGAACACGGGUGGGGACACCCUGUACGAUAGGGCUGACCCCCAACGUCCCCGGUAUUGCCGGAAGUGCCACAACUGGAAGCCAGAAAGGGCCCACCACUGCUCUGUGUCAGGCCGCUGCAUCCUCAAAAUGGACCACUACUGUAUAUGGGUCGUCAACUGCGUGGGCCUGCUGAACUACAAGUUCUUCCUACUGUUCAUAGCAUACACAUGGGCAGCAUGCCUGCUGGCAGCAUGCAUACUGAUGCCUGGCCUUGUGGAGUAUUUUCGAGGGGAGAAGAAAUCGGGGUCGACAUUGGUGUUUUUGUCUUUUGUGAUUGAUGCUGCUUUUGUGGUGAGCUUGCUUGGCUUCCUUGGGAUGCACCUCAAGCUGCUGUCUGUCAACUGCACGAGCAUAGAGAUGUACGAAAAGCAACGGAUCCACCCCUGGCCCUACAACAAAGGAUGGAGAAGUAACUUCGAUGAGGUCUUUGGCCCAAGCUGGUGGCAGUGGCUACUUCCAUUCCACACUGAAGCAGAGAGACAGAGGAUGAUGGACACUGUGCUGGCUGCGCCUCUCAUCGAGAGGGUGGGGGCAGUGGAGGAUGUGUGA